GUCUUCUUUCAUUAUUAUAGCUGCUUCUUCUUCUUCAAUUCAUCUACCCACCAAUUCUUGUCUAGUAAGAGCUCCAUUUGAACUUCUUCAAUGGCUAAACCAUUUCUCUUCUUUUUCUUUACCAUUUUUCUCUGCUUCUUCAAUUGCAAGUCAUCUCAGUUUGGCUUAGAGGAUGGGCUGUCCUGGCUCAAUGAGGAGGAUAGUGAAGUUAACAUGGUCCAAACAAGGCAUGACUCAUCAAGUAGUAGUUGUGAUUUUACUUCAGGAAAAUGGGUUUAUGAUCAGUCGUAUCCUCUUUAUGAUUCAAGUUGCCCUUAUCUAAGUACUGCUGUCACUUGUAAGAGAAAUGGAAGGCCUGAUUCUGACUAUGAGAAAUGGAGGUGGAAGCCCCAUGGCUGCUCUAUUCCAAGGUUUGAUGCACUGAAUUUUCUUGGAAAAAUGAGAAGGAAAAGAAUAAUGCUGGUAGGUGAUUCUAUUAUGAGGAACCAGUGGGAAUCCCUUGUCUGCUUAGUGCAAGGAGUAAUUCCAACCGGGCAUAAAAUGGUCAGCUAUAAUGGUCCUUCCAUGGCCUUCCAUGCUUUGGACUUUGAGACCACAAUUGAGUUUACAUGGGCUCCAUUGCUAGUGGAAUUGAAGAAAGGAGCCGGAAACAAGAGAAUUUUGCAUUUGGAUAUGAUUGAAGAGAAUGCAAGAUAUUGGAGAAAUGUUGACAUUCUUGUGUUUGAUUCAGCUCACUGGUGGACUCACUCUGAUCAAUGGAGUUCGUGGGACUACUACAUGGAAGGCCAGAGACUCAUUAAAAAUAUGAACCCAAUGAUUGCUUAUCAGAAGGGACUCACUACAUGGGCAAAAUGGAUUGAUCUAAAUCUCGAUCCUCGAAAAACCAGAGUCAUUUUUCGAAGCAUGUCUCCUAGGCAUAACAGGGAAAAUGGCUGGAAGUGCUAUAACCAAAGGAAACCUUUAGCAUUCUUUAGUCACCAACAUGUCCCCGAACAAAUGGUUGUACUAAAAGAAGUACUGAGAAAAAUGAGUUUCCCCGUAUAUUUACAAGAUAUCACAACGAUAUCGGCUUUACGAAGAGAUGGGCAUCCUUCUGUGUAUAAAAGGGCAAUAAGCCAAGAAGAAAGGCAGCACCCAAAAGCCUUUUCUUCUGAUUGCAGCCAUUGGUGCCUCCCUGGAGUGCCUGAUAUCUGGAAUGAGAUGUUAAGUGCUAUUCUGUAGCUGGAAAAAUAGGUAACUUGAAUGGGUAGAAUGACUCUUCUACUAAAAUUUAAUUAGGCUUUGUUUGCCAUCUUAAUUUAGUGUCUGUGAUGACUAGUAAUGAUUUGUGUUUUUGGUGUUGUAUUAUAAUGAGAAAUGGAUGAUUGUGUCUUGGCUGAAAUAAUCACUAUGUUUCUUGCUUGCUCUUU